UCGAAUACGACAUUGUUCCAAGUAUCACGCCCUCGUGUGCGAUAUUUUUCCUCUUCCAACUUAUUACUAACAAUAUCUAUCCAUCUCUCUCUCUUCAUCAUGCCCGUGCUAUACUCAUCGACCCAGCAAUUUACGGGUUACUUCAAGUCGAACGGCAGGAAAUCUCGGUGCGCUAUGGUCAGCUAUGCACAUAGAUAUGUUUCGGCCCUCACUGAAGCUCGUAUCCAGCGGCCCGUCUCCGAAGAGGAUGGAUUCCCUUCUUCCUCCGCAUUGAAUGAAAAUUCCACCCUCCUUCGCGAGACCACCAUGCACGCACUCAUCCAGGCCUGUCGGCUUCUCGUUCGGCGCGUCAUAAAAGACCAAAAGAUGUGGAGGCUCAACCACGAAGGCGAUGUCGUCGUAUAUCCCCGUCGCAGCCUUCAUGACAGCGACGGUCACACCUCCACCCUCCAUCCUGAUCACAAGCAUAAUUCCUCGCCAUCUUUCGACGAGGAAAGCAUCUCGAACUUCCGAUUCUCUUUCACCAUGCCUGUUCCUCCGACCUCAGGGAGUAGCGAUGAGACUGAGAGUGAUGGUUCGACGGAGAUAAAGGGAACCAGCCACGACAGCUCAUCGGAAGAUAGUUCGAACGAGCAAACGGUCUGGCGAAAGUUCAAUGUCCUCUCUUUUGUUCCUGAUCUUUCUUCCGAUUACUGCAGCAAUUGAGCUCCAUCUAUGAUAUUUUAUGACGCCUGCUUUUCGUGUUGUAUAUAUGACUGAGGACACGCAGCUUUGAUUACUUAUUGCCUGUACUAAUCGGCCUUUCUAAUCCGACGCUCCCUCUUAGCC